GUAUCAAAUUCUGUCCAGCGGGUGCAACCAUGGCGGUGCCAACAGGGCAAAUCAGUGACAAUUUGGUCCUGAGACAAAAGCAUUUUGCGAGCAUAAGAAACGAUAUUUCCCCCUGUAAAUCAACCAAAAUGGAUCAUAGAAGACUUAUUACCGAUCCAAAUAAUACAAAUCGUUCUGGUUCCAAAGGAAUAUUUAACAUGAAGUCAAUGAGUUUAAUCAUUCUUACACUGCAGAAUGCCUCGCUCAUUCUGACCAUUCGAUACUCAAGGACGAUCGAGGGACCUCUCUAUUUUGCAACAACAGCUGUUGUCUUGGCUGAGGCCUUCAAGUUGGUUGCUUCAUUGCUAAUUAUUCUUGCUGAAUACAAAGGAAAUGUUGUAAAUUGGGCAUUAUUUUUGCACCAAUCAAUCAUUGGAAAUGCUGUGGAUACCCUGAAACUAAGCAUUCCAGCUUUAAUUUAUACCGUUCAGAAUAAUCUGCAAUAUGUUGCUAUUUCAAAUCUUGAUGCUGCAACCUUCCAGGUUACCUAUCAACUGAAGAUUCUUACAACAGCACUAUUCUCUGUGGUUAUGUUAAAGAAGACUCUUCAGAGAGGGCAGUGGCUUGCUUUAGUUAUGUUGUUUGUCGGUGUUGCAAUUGUACAGUUGCAACAUGGCAAAUUGCAUGCAAAACCAACAGACACACCAACACCAGGUCCUACACGAAAACAGUACCCAAUGGUGGGACUUUUGGCUGUUAUUGCUUCGACUCUUUGUUCUGGUUUUGCAGGUGUAUAUUUUGAGAAAAUUUUAAAAGGCACCAAGGCAUCUGUGUGGUUAAGAAAUGUUCAACUAGGCAUGUAUGGUAUUGUCAUUGGGUUAAUUGGAAUGUGGUUUAAAGAUGGAACAAAAAUCCAGGAAAGUGGGUUUUUUACUGGUUAUACACUUUUGGUCUGGUUGGUUGUGUUAAACCAAGCCUUUGGUGGACUGCUGGUUGCUGUCGUGGUCAAAUAUGCAGACAAUAUUUUAAAGGGAUUUGCCACAUCUUUGGCAAUAAUUAUUUCAUGUUUUGUCUCAGUAUUUUUCUUCAGUUUUCAGCUGAACUUACAGUUCAUACUCGGGGCAGGUUUAGUGAUCUCUGCUGUUUAUCUUUAUGGUAGAUCAGCUAUGGCAGCAGCACCACCACAACCUCAGAAAGUUACUAGUGGGCAUUCAACUAGGAUAUGAAUUUGUACAUAACCAAUUACACCAGAUUUUGUGUUUGCUAUUAUAUAGCAAUAAAAUUCAGCAAUCUUUCUUCUUUUAAAUUCAAUUUGUAUAAGAAUGCCCAUUAAAUAAUUAAGAUUAGGAUCAAAAGGUAAACUGGUCCGGUAUUACGUUUAGGAACGUAAUAGUGUGUAGUUUCUCACGAGUGAGUAUCUUAAAGACAGCAAAUUAGAGCGCAAUUUGUAAACUUUAAAAUACUUAUAUGAAUACGAAUGCAGACUGCUUUCGAGGCUCUAGCAUGUACAUGAAGGGUCGUGUGGGGGUAUAAUCCCUAUCAGCAGUGAUAUAACACAAGUAAAACGAUUUUUUGAUAAACCAUAGAGAAGAUUUCUUCUGGUUUGUCUAUGGAUAAAACAAAAAAACAUUCUAAAUGCAAUGCAAAGAAUGCAAAGGUACCUCGAUAGGCUGUGCACACGCUAUGUAAAGUACAAAAACAUGCACGAAUAAUCCUAACAUAUUAAUAAAUGAAAAUGUUUUC